AUGGGCGGACAUAAUGAAGAAGUGCGGAUGCUCUCUAAGCAGGAGCUUCUCACGGAACACAUUAAAGAACUGCAGAAGGACUACUCUAUCAAACCACGUCUCGAGUACACAACCAUCCGUGCAGUUAAUGGACCGCUUGUGAUUUUAGGGAACGUGCGGCUGCCGACAUUUGCGGAGAUUGUAAACAUUGAGUUGGCUGACGGCACAUUGCGGCGCGGGCAGGUGCUGGAAGUGGACGGUGAUAAGGCUGUUGUGCAGGUGUUUGAGGGAACCUCCGGUAUUGACGUAAUGCGCUCAAAGUGUGAGUUCACAGGGAAGGUGAUGGAAUUGGGCGUGAGUGAAGAUAUGCUGGGACGUGUCUUCAAUGGCUCCGGCAUUCCAAUCGACGAUGGGCCGCCGGUGUUAGCCGAGCAGUAUCGCGAUAUUCAAGGUAUUCCCAUUAACCCACGCGCCCGUGUGUACCCGGAGGAAAUGAUUCAAACCGGUAUUUCCUCCAUUGAUGUUAUGACUUCCAUUUCGCGUGGGCAGAAAAUUCCCCUCUUCUCCGGCGCUGGUCUUCCACACAAUGAAAUUGCGGCGCAGAUCGUCCGCCAGGCCGGUUUGGUUCGCAGGGAAGGGAAACAGGAGGAUUUUUGUAUUGUGUUCGCGGCCAUGGGUGUAAACCAGGAAACCGCUCGCUUCUUCCGCACCGAGUUCGAGGAGAACGGCUCUAUGGAAAAAACCGUUCUGUUCAUGAACUUGGCGAACGAUCCCACCAUUGAACGCAUCGUCACGCCUCGCCUUGCUCUUACCACAGCGGAAUAUCUCGCGUAUGACUGCGGGAAACACGUGCUAGUGAUCCUCACUGACAUGAGCUCGUAUGCGGAUGCCUUACGUGAGGUGUCUGCGGCGCGUGAGGAGGUCCCUGGCCGUCGUGGUUUCCCCGGUUACAUGUACACAGAUCUAGCAUGCAUUUAUGAACGGGCCGGGCGUGUGCUGGGUCGUGCUGGAUCCAUUACACAAAUACCAAUUCUCACCAUGCCGAAUGAUGAUAUUACACAUCCCAUUCCUGACCUCACGGGGUACAUCACAGAAGGGCAAAUAUACGUGGACCGCCAGUUGCAUAACCGUCAGUUGUAUCCUCCCAUUAACAUUUUGCCAUCACUCAGCCGGCUGAUGAAGAAUGCCAUUGGUGAGGGAAUGACACGAAAGGAUCACAGCGGAGUCAGCAAUCAAAUGUACGCCGCGUAUGCCGUGAGUCGCGACAUUUUGGCCAUGAAGGCUGUUGUUGGUGAGGAGACGCUCAGCAGCGAAGAUCUGCUGCAUCUGGAGUUUCUGGAGAAGUUCGAGAAGAAGUUCAUUUGCCAAGGUUUUUAUGAGUCACGCGAUGUGUUUCAGAGCUUGGACCUCUGCUGGCAGUUGCUCCGCAUUUUCCCGAAGGUGUUGCUCAACAAAAUUGAUGUGAAGACGAGAAAUGAAUUUUACGAUCGUCAACCCGCCAACCGUUGA